CACACGAGGGACCAUGCGAUUGGUCCGUCUGCUUCCGGUCUUUCAGCGGCUCACAUCCACGAGAAGGUCAGCAACAUUAGUAACACAAGUCACGCUUCGGGGGUGGAUUUUUUUUUUUUUCGAUUCGACGAUGGACGGAAAAGCGACGAGCGCGGACCCUCAGCUCCAGCAUUUCAUCGAAAUUGAGUCUCAAAAGCAAAAGUUUCAGCAGCUGGUGCACCAAAUGACGGAAGUAUGCUGGGAGAAAUGCAUGGACAAACCAGGGCCCAAGCUGGACUCCAGGACAGACACGUGCUUCGUCAACUGCGUGGAGAGAUUCAUCGACACCAGCCAGUUCAUCCUGAACAGACUGGAACAGACUCAGCGAAGUCGAGAAUCCUUCUCGGACAGCAUGGUGGACUAAAUGUGUGCUUAGGGACACGACCACGUUUGGAUCUGACAUGUAAAAACAGUGUUUUGUUAAAAGUGCCUCAUAUAAAUAACAUGUUUUACCGCUUUGA